AAGUCCUGGGCAGAAGAAUGAUGUGGGAAAACUGGACAAUUGUCAGUGAAUUUGUUCUUGUGAGCUUUUCAGCCCUAUCCACUGAGCUUCAGGCUCUACUGUUUCUCCUGUUCUUGACCAUUUACCUGGUUACUUUAAUGGGCAAUGUCCUCAUCAUCCUGGUCACUACAGCUGACUCUGCACUACAAAGUCCUAUGUACUUCUUCCUCAGAAACUUGUCCUUCCUGGAGAUAGGUUUCAACUUGGUCAUUGUGCCCAAGAUGCUGGGGACCCUGAUCGUUCAAGACACAACCAUCUCCUUCCUUGGAUGUGCCACUCAGAUGUAUUUCUUCUUCUUUUUUGGGGCUGCUGAGUGCUGCCUCCUGGCCACCAUGGCAUAUGAUCGCUAUGUGGCUAUCUGUGACCCCUUGCGCUACCCAGUUGUCAUAGGCCACAGAUCCCGUGCCCAGCUGGCUGCUGCUUCUUGGUUCUCAGGGUUUCCAGUGGCUACUGUGCAAACCACAUGGAUUUUCAGUUUCCCUUUUUGUGGCCCCAAUAGGGUGAACCACUUCUUCUGUGACAGCCCUCCUGUCAUUGCACUGGUCUGUGCUGACACCUCUCUAUUUGAACUGGAGGCUCUGACAGCCACUGUUCUAUUCAUCCUCUUUCCUUUCUUGCUGAUCCUGGGAUCCUAUGUUCACAUCCUCUCCACUAUCUUCAGGAUGCCCUCGGCUGAGGGGAAACACAAGGCCUUCUCCACCUGUUCCUCCCACCUCCUGGUUGUCUCUCUCUUUUACAGCACUGCCAUCCUCAUGUAUUUCCGACCCCGAUCUAGUGCCUCUCCUGAGAGCAAGAAGCUGCUGUCACUCUCUUACACAGUGGUGACACCCAUGUUGAAUCCCAUCAUCUACAGCUUAAGGAAUAAUGAAGUGAAGGCUGCACUGAAGCGGGUUAUCCACAGGACCCUGGGCUCUCAGAAACUAUGACUGACUUAGAUGGAAACU